AUGAAGUUAUUGGCAUCUUACAAUGACAAGGUUGCAAGUGUUGUUCAAGAAAAUGCUCAUUUAAAUGCCACAUAUACAUCGCCUGAUAUUCAAAAGGAGAUUCUUUAUAUAUUUUCCAACAAAGUCAAGAAAGAGAUUCCUUUGAAAGAAGGUAUAUUUUUUGUUCUUUCUCAACAUAAUUUAGCUAUUUCUAACAUACGCGGGCAAGGGUACGAUGGAGCUAGUAACAUGAGAGGAGAGUGGAAUGGCUUGCAGGCUUUAAUUUGUAAUGAAUUGCCAUAUGCAUAUUACAUCCAUUGUUUAGCCCAUCGCCUCCAACUUGCUUUAGUUGCAGCUUCUCGAGAAGUAAGUCAAGUUCAUCAAUUUUUCUUUGUCAUGGUUUUCAUUAUCAAUAUUGUUACUGCAUCUUGCAAGUGUAAUGAUGAAUUAAAGGAGGCUCAAUCUGUUGAACUUGCUACUAAGAUUGCAAAUGAUGAAAUUGAAUCAGGGACGGGGCUAAAUCAAAUUGGCAUCUUAAACUUGCUCAAAAUGUUUAAUGCAACUUGUGUGAUUUUGAGUAAAAUUGCAAAAGAAAAAGUUUCAUAUUCUCAACAUGGAGAUGCAGAUUUUGCUUGCAAUCAAUUAUUAUCUUUUGAGUUUGUUUUCAUAUUACAUCUUAUGAAAGAGAUUUUGGAAAUUACUCGUAUUCUUAGUGUAGCCUUACAACGACAAUCACAAGAUAUUUUGAAUGAUAUGCAUAUUGUUGCAAGUACAAAAAGGCUACUUGAGAGCUUUCGAGACUCGGGAUGGGAUUCUUUCCUCAUGAAGUUGCAAGAAUUAAACUCUAGAUUCAAUGAACAUUUAGUAGAGUUGGUUGUUCUUAGCACUGCUUUUGAUCCUAGAGAUGGAUUUAAAUUGUUCAAGAUUGAUGAUAUUUGCAACCUUGCAGAGAAGUACUAUCCUGAUGAUUUCUCAGAGCAAGAAGUAGUACGUCUAAGAAUUGAACUUCAACAUUCAACUACAGAACGAGCAUUUUCUAUCAUGAAAAUUAUCAAGAUAAAGCUCCGAAACAAGAUGGAAGAUAGUUUUUUGAAUGAUUGCUUAAUUGUUUGUAUUGAGAAAGAAAUUGCUACAAAAUUUAGUACUGAAUCCAUUAUAGAUGAGUUUGCAUCUAUAAAGAAUCGUCAAGCACAACUUACUUAUAAAAAUAAUAAUUGA